AUGAGCUCUUACGAAGAAAAACGUUCGAGACGAGAAAUAAUUGUUACUCAAGAAAAAAAUCCAUUGACCAAAGUUGAACUUGAUGAAGAGAAUCGAAUCACCGUCUCGGAUUUGACAAUUGAUAAAGUUCACACCGGAGCAUUUUUAUUAUGCUGA